CGCACCCUCGUUCAUCUGGAAAUACGACCGCCACUGUGCACAUCGCCAGCCAGAACUGCCUUUCUCGGCGUAGCAUCAGGGGCUCGAGCCCAUCGACUGGCCACCGACCACGACCGUGCUUCAGGAUUGCAUGGUUACUGCGCUAGCCAAUGCACCGCCAAGCCCACUUGCAUGGCCCGAAAUCCGUUUCCCCCUGGUGCCCGCUGUUUCUCUCCUUUCGAAUGGGGCGCCUGUGUCCGGCCGCACCGCGGCGCCCGUAAUCUCCCUACGCUACAUAAGAUUCAUCGCGCUCGCCCUCGCUUUCUUUCCUCACUUCCCUCAAGCCAAUCUACGAGCUCAAGUCCUACCUGACCUUUCGGUCGUCCAAUCGUUUACCAACUUAUACUAUCAUUAAUAAUACCUCCCACCCCCUACGUCCCUGGAUACGGAGUUCCCUCCAGCGUCGAGACU